AUGGACAACUACGACGUACUCGAGGUCAUCGGCGAGGGCACCUACGGGGUUGUCUUCAAGUGCCGCGAUAAGCGGACCAAUCGGAUAGUGGCGGUGAAGCAGUUCAAGAAUUUUCAGACGAACGCGUACGUUCGGGUCGCAAUGCUGCGCGAACUGCGCGUCGAGCAGCUGCUCAAGAGCGAGCCCAACGUGACGCAGCUGCUCGAAACGUUCAAGCAGAAGAACCGCGUGUACCUUGUCAUGGAGUACAUACCGCGCAGCCUCCUAGACGUUCUGGAGGAGGUGCAGCACGGCCUGCCCGAGGACUCGUUGGUGGUGCUUCUCUUCACCAUUCUCUUGGGUAUUCGCUCCUGUCAUCGCAACGGAAUCAUUCACCGUGAUGUGAAGCCGGAGAACAUCUUGGUGCGCGACGACGGCGCAGCCUCCUUGUGCGACUUUGGGUUUUGCCGGCCACUUCCUCGGCAGCUCCAGCCGCAGGCACCGCCAUCAUCACACCAGCUCUCCAUCUCCUCGCACGACAUCGGCUCAUCGGCUUCACCGAUGGUCGAGAGUGGCAGCUUUGGACUUCGCCCCUUGCCGCCACCCAAUAACGCGCCGCAAAUGUGCAACGCCGCCUCUGUCUCAUCAGAAAAUUCGGCUAUGCUUAGCGAGCUUGUCCUCGCUGAUCAUCAGGCGAUCAUGACGAACUACGUGGCGACGCGGUGGUACCGAAGUCCGGAGAUGCUCCUGGGGAUGUCCAGCUAUACCUACGCUGUGGAUAUGUGGGCUGUGGGAGCCAUCAUGGCGGAGGCCAUCGACGGUGAGCCGUUGUUGCCAGGCAAGACGGAACUGGAGCAGCUCUCGCUUAUUCAGACCCGCAUCGGGGAUUUCCCAGCGGCAUACGAGGCGGCGGUGCGGAAGCAGAACGGUGGCAUGCUGCGCCUGCGCUCCUUGAACCCGCUUGCAGCGCCACCGCAGCAACUGCGCACCAAGUCGAUGCAGCAGAAGUCACGGCGAGCAAGCGACGUAAGGGAUGCGGCGCAGAAGCGCACAGAGUCGAAGCAGAGCACGAGCUCCUAUUUGACCGAGCGUUAUGGAGGGCGCAUUGCGAAGGCUGGCUUGAACCUACUCCAUGGACUUCUGCGCAUCGACGCGGCGGAGCGCAUCACCGUCGAGGAGGCACUUGGACACCCCUACUUUGACAGCGUGCGGGGGAGGUUCGAUGCAACUGCGAAUGGGGCUCGUAGAGUUUGCAACAGUAAUGGCGCCUGCGAUGAGGCAGCAGACAUGCGACCGACCACUGCGGAAACAGCGGAGUCGAUGCUGAUGCCCCUAACGACGGCCGCGUCACGCCAAGCGCCUCUCCCUCCCCUCACCGCCACCGGUGCCGUCGACUGCACUUCACCCUUCCUCUCUACGUCGGAUGCCGCAGGUGGCGGCAGCUCACCUUGCCUAGUAGCUGCGGCACCACCGCUGGUGGAGGUGCCGUUCUCCCUGGUAGACAGGGUGGGCGCGGGGGCGGACGACGACGGCGGUGGCCCUCUGCAGAUGCCUUGUGGCGCUGAGCGCUCGCCUCGCGUGACGACCGUCGCGUGGGGGGCGUCGUCUUCUUCGCCCGGAUCGCGCGCGCCUUGUGGCGUAGCCGGCAGCAAUUCCUCGGCCAGUGACUCGUCGAGCCUCUCGCUGUGGACUGCAUCGGACACCUCAGCUGAAGUCGAUCCGCCCACUGACGUUACGGCAGCGAAGGACCACGUUUCGUUCCCAGGGUUGUCUAGCGUGCUUGUAUCACUCCACCCGGAGUCGCCAAAGCCAACCGAGACGGACGGUCACCAUGCCGCUGCGGCAGCGUGUAACAGGGCUGCCGAGGGUAGCAACUCAACACCACGACAGCUGGCACCAGAGGAGGACAACAACGAUGACCAACCUGUGCUGCGUCGACAGGCAGCCUCCGAAGGCGCGAACACGCGUGCCAUUCAGCGCGACGCAUCCAUGCACAGUUAUGACUGCAGCUCCACCUCCCUGUUCCAGUCACGGCAACGCCAACACAGCCCGCGAGAUGCGCGGCAACUUCGACACCGCACAUCCAGCCUAGAGAGCGGCGGGAGCGUCACGGCGCUGAGGGGAAGCGACUCCUCACGAACGAAUACGGCUGCGCAGGAAGCCAGUGGUGCUGGUGGGGCGGUGUCCGCCACCGCGGCAAGUGGCAUGGACGUUCCUGCCUCUCUCUCUGUGCUGCAGUCUCGACGAACGGCACAGAGGCGCAGCGGCAGCGUGGUGAACUCCCGGCUGUCAUCGAGCAAAAUCAGUGCGGCGAGCGCAUGUCGCACCGCGUCACCGCCCUCCCUGCUGGCAAAGUCGUACUCUUUCAAGUCGAUCCCCACGAGUCGGUCAAAGGCGCUGGCACCCGCCGAAGUACAGUCCACCUCUAAAUAUGAUCUGAUGCAGUCGGUGCCGGAGGACCACACAGAAAAACGGCGGCGCCCCAGUGGACCGGCGAGCUCGCCCCGCUGUCAGGACAGCAGAGGAAGUGUCGAAAAGAGAGCCGCAGCCAACUCGAAGGGCGCACACACGUGCAGCAGCAGCUCUAUGACGUUCAACGCGCUGCGGAGUGCACGCGGCGAUCCUGGCUGCACUGGCGGGCUGGGCUCUGCGACGAAAGAGCGGCACUCCAGCGUGGGCAGGAGGAUCGAUGGACAUGGGCUGCACGUGGUUCCAGCCGCCCCAUCCUGUGUUAACGCGACGACUCCUGGCAGCUCGUGUCGCGCGACUGCACAGGAGCCAGUAGAAGUGUCGUCGCUGAGGCGACGGAGCACGGCCAAAUCGCGUCCACCUCAGCAGCCGGGUCGCCGCACCAGCACACCGACUGCCCGCGCUGGUAUCGCAAACGGUACCCUCCACAGCCCGGCGCUGACGAAGCCUCUUUUCGUCCGCAGCUCUCCAGAGGCGUCGGCGUCGCUCUCGGUGAGCGACGCGCGCGUCGGUGGCGGCAAGAAGCGUGGUCUCUCGCGCUUUGUGUCGCCUAAUGUGCCACGUGAGGUUCGGCCGUUGCCGGCCCCGGAGCGCGUCACGUUGUUGCAGGAGAUCGAAAGUCUCGGAUUCUUGGUGGGCACACCCAGCGCUGUGGAGGUGCUAGCGCCGGUCGUCGCUGCGCCUGUCUCUCACACGCCAAGGCACGCUGAAUCCAAAACCGACGCUGGUGGAGGCGCUCGCGGCAGAAACGAAGGAGAUACAAGAGCCUCUGCCAUUGCCCGCGCGGAUCACCUGGUGCGGGCGUCUCAGCCACCUGAGAUGCUAGAUAAUGAUGUACAACCGGACGGGCACCGCGGCGGAGGCAACUCCACCUCCUUGCUAACGCUGGGAGAAACAAGAAGGCAGUGCUCAGGGACGGCGAGCUCGCGCGCCUCGGCUGCGAAGCGAGGCACCGCAGCUUCUGGUGAAACCUCGGCAUUCGUCGAAGGCGCCGCCAGCAGCGAAUUAGAGGAUCAUGGACGGCAGCAAAACCUUCAACGACCACCGCACCCGUGCGGCAGUACCGGCGGCCGCCCCCCUCGCACGGAUGUGAACUCGCUUUCCGGGAACACCAGCACACACAGCGCGAACGCCACUACAGUCGGCAGCAGCCGCGCAGCACCCAGUCUCAUUUUCCGAUCUGCUCGCACCGCCUCGUCGCCCUUGAAGCUGGCGACCAUCCACCCUUCCUCGUUCGCCGUUCAGGGAGAGGGUGAGCUCCGCGAGCUGUCGACGAGCGGCUGCCAUGCAAAGACCUCCGCUAGCACGGGGAUGUCUUUCACGGCUCCUUCUAACUCUGUGGACUCGCCCCCAACGUGCCGACUCGCUCCAGCGCUGUUGCGUCAUCACCACCCCACCACCGCUGUGGGUGCAUGCUCGGUUCAGGCAUACGCCUCCCUCGGACCUGAUCCUGUGUUCGGAAGCAGCGCCUUUUCCGCGCACUCACCUCUUGUCGCAAAGGGCUCUGCUCGGUCGCCGACUCUGUCGCCCAACCCGCAGAAACGCAGCGACGCUGAUGCUCGGCGGGUCUCGAUGGAGUCGCCAAUCGUGUCACUGUCUGGCAAGCGGCAACAGCGCCGUCUUUCCGACAUUCCUAUCGAGCUCUCGCUGAGUGAGGAGUUGUUUGCUGACUCGGCCGCUUGCGGCCCACGAGGGGGGCGUCGCAGGCACGAGAAUACAACCCCGCUCUCCACCACUCCCCCGAUUACCAUGCCGGACGACUUGGAAACUGUAGUGCUGAUGGGCACUCCAUCAGCAAGCCGGCGCACCGACCAGCGGCCUCAGGACGAGGUGCCUUGCACCGCUACCUGGUCUUCCGCCCGCAGCGGCACGACGGCUAUGAUGUCAAGUAACAUGCCCGGCAACUCUACUCCUUUUCGAGGCCUCGACGGAGACAGCGAUGGCUUGUCAGCUCCCUUCGAAGGAAAGGGCUCUGCUGCGAAGACGGAAGCGGUGGACAUCACCGCGAGGACAACGAGGCACGGCGUCGCCCCAUCGUUGUUUGCUGCCGUGCCAAAGGGCGUACCGGCGCUCAACGAGGAUGAUGUGAGGAGCGUCUGCGAAACUCCGUCGCUGCCGAUACGGGGCUCGCUGGAGGCAUGCGGCGCGGGCAACAGCGCGUCCACAUCCUCCCGGAAGAUACCUGGACCCUCACUAGCACCUCCUCAGCCGCUUCUGGGCGGGGCGAGCGUGCUGAGCGCGCAGCAGCUGCACGCCGGGGGAGGCCGCAGAAAGAGUCGGUUGGUGCUUUGA